UAAGCUGCAUAUACAUACCUUCGUAAAUUUUAGAGAGAUCAGGCGAGCAAAAGGAGGCGGCGGGGCAUCAUCCAAAAUGCAGAUCUUCGUGAAAACACUGACGGGGAAGACAAUUACCCUUGAAGUCGAGUCCAGCGAUACCAUUGACAAUGUCAAGGCCAAAAUUCAGGACAAGGAAGGGAUUCCUCCUGAUCAGCAGAGAUUGAUCUUUGCGGGAAAGCAGCUCGAAGAUGGUCGUACUCUUGCUGACUACAAUAUUCAGAAGGAAUCAACAUUGCAUCUUGUUUUGAGGCUUCGUGGAGGAAUCAUUGAGCCUUCCUUGAUGGCUUUGGCAAGAAAGUACAAUCAGGAGAAGAUGAUUUGCCGCAAAUGUUAUGCUCGUCUUCAUCCUCGUGCGGUGAACUGCAGGAAGAAAAAGUGUGGCCACAGCAACCAGUUGAGGCCAAAGAAGAAGAUCAAGUAAACAAAAUGUCAAGUUUCUGCCAUCUCCUUUUGGUCGGAAAGUUUUUCUGUUAAAGUGAAUUUAUUUAGUCUUAAGAGCCAUUUUUCAGCAGUAAUUUUCAAUGUUUUGUCUCUGAGACAUCUUGGCUGUUCAACAGUUUAUUCACUGUGCUUGAAUGUGUUUUUCUAAAUAUGCUUUUAUAUUGUGAUA